UAUCUCGUUAAAUAAUAUUCGAGACAGUUUAGGGGAGAUCAGUCUCGUUUACUCCAAACUAGACUAGAUCAGAUCUAGAUAUCUAGAUCUAAAUCUAGCCUACAUGUUUACGGAUUUUUACGUAGAGACGUGUAUGUAAUUCAAAAUGGCGACCACCAUAAGAGUCAUGAAUACGAGGGCAUUGCAUAACCUUUGUCUCAGUUCAAAACAUUCAAGAUUAUUUGGAUCUGUUUUUGACUCGGUUCAAAAAUCAAAGAAUCACCAUCAAGCUGCAAAUCUACGUGAUGAUGAACUGUUGUCUAAAGUUGAAUCAGCUGUACAGCAAGAAGAUUACUUUGGAGUUAAAAAGCUUGUUACUCUAAAAGAUCUCUUUCAAGCUCGUGUCCAUCUGGGUCACAAUGCUGGUCUGCGCCAUGAAUCCAUGACACCUUUUCUAUUUGGCACCCGUCAAGGAGUGGACAUCAUUGAUCUGGAACAGACACUGCCCCUGCUUCAGCAUGCAUUGAAUGUGUGUGGCCACAUAGUCUACAGAGGGGGGAUGGUUCUCUUCCUGAGUCGCAACAUGCAGCUCCUCCCCUGGAUAGAGAAAGCUGCUCAAGAAAUAGGAGAGUAUGCACAUUGCAGGCCCUGGCAGAGAGGAACCUUUACAAAUGCUUCCAAUAUUUUCGGCACUCUUCCUAUUUAUCCUGAUGUUUGUAUUUUUCUUGGAACUCACGACACUGUGUUUGAAACCCACAAAGGUGUCAUUGAGUCGUCUAAACUGUUAAUACCGUCCAUUGGCAUUGUGGACACAAAUGUGGACUGUUCCCUGGUCACGUACUGUGUACCAGGCAAUGAUGACACACCUGAUGCCUUGCACCUUUACCUCAAGUUGUUUACAAAUGUCAUUCAGAGAGCCAAGGCAAAGAGAGCAGAAGAUGGGAUUAACAGCAAACAGACCUCUUCACUUGUGCACUGAUUGGUGCAAGUUCAAAUAUACAAUAAUAUUAUAUAUGAAAUGUACAUAAUAGCGCAAUAAAAAUAAAAGACUUUUUCUGUCA